UUUACCGCGCGGACCCGGCGGGCUGUAGCGGGUGCAGGCGGGAGCUUGCUACGGGCUAGAGGUGCGGACAGCGGGAGUUCGUGGCUGGGGCGCGGUGUGGCGGGGCGCAGGUCGGAGCGCGCGCCGGCCUGUUGCAGCUCCGGGAGCAAGUGCUGGUGGACGGGGACAGCUUGCUUGGCUCCUCCGUCGCCCGCAGCCGCGCUCCAUGCUCCGGGCCCCAGCCCCGCCGCUGAAGGCGCCCGGCCUCAGGCACGGCGCGCCCCGGGCGUCGUAGUGCUGCCCUGCCUGGCUCCCGGCGCCGCGCGGGGUGUCAAUGGAUCGCCACUCCAGCUACAUCUUCAUCUGGCUGCAGCUGGAGCUCUGCGCCAUGGCCAUACUGCUCACGAAAGGAGAAAUCCGAUGCUACUGUGACGCUGCUCACUGUGUGGCAACCGGUUACAUGUGUAAAUCUGAGCUCAGUGCCUGCUUCUCCAGACUUCUCGAUCCUCAGAACACCAAUUCCCCACUCACCCAUGGCUGCCUGGACUCUCUUGUAAGCACAGCAGACAUUUGCCAAGCCAAACAGGCCCAAAACCACUCUGGUCCCACCAUGCUCAUGUUAGAAUGCUGUCAUGAAGACAUGUGCAAUUACCGAGGACUGCACGACGUGCUUUCUCCUCCCAAGAGCGAAGCCUCAGGACAAGGAAACAGGUAUCAGCAUGAUGGUAGCAGAAACCUCAUCACCAAGGUGCAGGAGCUGACUUCCUCCAAAGAGCUCUGGUUCCGGGCGGCUGUGAUUGCAGUUCCCAUUGCGGGAGGGCUGAUUUUAGUGCUGCUCAUCAUGUUAGCCUUGCGGAUGCUCCGAAGUGAGAACAAGAGAUUGCAGGAUCAGCGACAGCAGAUGCUCUCUCGUUUGCACUAUAGCUUUCACGGACACCAUUCUAAGAAGGGGCAGGUGGCAAAGUUGGACUUGGAGUGCAUGGUGCCCGUCAGUGGGCAGGAGAACUGCUGUCUGACCUGUGACAAAAUGAGACAAGCAGACCUCAGCAAUGAAAAGAUCCUCUCCCUCGUGCACUGGGGCAUGUACAGUGGUCACGGGAAGCUAGAAUUUGUAUGACAGAUGUAUCCGAACUAGAAACUUCUUGAACCUUUGAAGGCCUUCUGAGUUCUGCUGGACUGGAGCACUUUAUCUGGGGACAACACUAUUCACUUAAUCAUCUUGGUCAGACAGAAUGACCUCUGCAAAGAGAACCUUGGAUAUUUCUUCUGAAGGAUUAUUUGCACAGACUUGAAUACAGUCAAAUGUAUUAUUUGCUUUGAAAUUAGAAGCAGCAAAGAGGACUGUACACACUGUUACCAGGUCGUUUGCAUCCCAGGGAGCCAGAAUUGAGUACCUAAAUAAACAAAAUGUGCUCUGUGUAAGCUCCUACAUCUUGAUUUAUUGUAAAGAUUUUAAAUAUAUAUAUAUAUUUUUGUCUGAAA